AUGGGUAUUCAACGCGGUGGCCAGAUUGUACAGGCGACCUCGUCAAGUACCACAGAUGCCUUGAUCCAACAAUUUGGGCAGCUCCAUGUACUUGAUGACUUGAUUCGACUGCGGGCGGCAGACAUGGUUCAGCAUCCCAUCCUCGCGUAUCCCUGUUCAAAUACGGACACCGCGACCGCCACAUACGAAUACUACACUGGACGGGAUAUGGACAACAUGAUAGACAAGGCGGUCACCUGCUUAAUGAAUGAUGGCUUUCAGCCUCCUAAGGGCAAUGGCUCAAUUGUCGCAGUUCUCGCACCAUCCGACAUCAGCAUGGUGAUUACAUUUUUCGCCCUCAGUCGAUUAGGCUACACCGUCAUGAUGCUCUCACCAAGGCUAUGUGGGGAUGCGUGCGUGGCUCUGCUCGAUACCGUCGGCUGUGAGACAAUUAUCUACGGGAAUACUCUCAGCAUCCGUGCCACAAUUGGCGACAUCCUUCAGAAAAAGCUCGUCAGUUGUCGUCCAAUGCUUUCCAAAAGCAAUCUCGACACUGAGGAAACUUUGGUUCUCAUUCUACACCGUAAUCGCAACUCCGAGGCCCAGUGCAACAGGAUCGCCCUUAUUCUACAUUCCUCUGGAUCAACAGGAACCCCCAAACCUCUCUUUCUCAGUCACCGAGCUUUGAUGACCCAUCCUCUACGAGGUCCUGGCCUGACAUCCUUCAAUUCACUACCCUGGUACCACCUCCAUGGCCUUUCUACAGCGUUGCAGGCAAUGUGGAUGAAGAAGACGGCUUACUUGUGGAACGCCGCAUUACCUUUGACCGCUGAAUCAGUGGUUGCUGCUCUGGAGGCAGCACGACCCGAGUCUGUGGCUGCUGUUCCGUACAUGCUGCAGUUGCUGGUCGACAGCCCUCGCGGAAUUUCUGCCUUGCGUAAAUGUCAUCUGGUUACUUAUGGAGGCGCGCCAUGUCCAGACGAGCUGGGGGACUGCCUAGUGAGCCAGGGUGUGCAAUUUGGUGGUUCCUUUGGACUGACAGAGGCCGGGCUAGUUGCUGAAUCAAUAUCACGCCCCAAGGGUGAUAUCGCCUGGAACUAUUUAAAUUUUUUUGACAACAUCAGGCCAUACAUCUGGAUGAAGCCCCUCGGCAUGUCGCUCUACGAGUGCGUUUACCUGGCUGGUCAUCCAGCGUUGACUACUUCCAACUCCAACGAGCCCCCAGGUUCUUUUCAUUCAAGGGAUGUUUUCACCCCACACCCAACAAUUCCACACCGAUGGAAGUAUGUGUCGAGAUUGGAUGAUUGUAUUACCCUUGUCACUGGCGAGAAGAUUCUGCCACUUCCGAUAGAAGGCUACGUCAAACAGCAUCCUCUGAUCUAUGAAGCAAUUGUUGUUGGAGUCGGGAAGGCAAUCCCGGGGCUUUUGAUCCUGCGAGCUGAUCAAUCUACACACCUAUCGGAACGUGAAUAUAUUGACACAAUCUGGUCGGUGGUCGAAGAAGCCAACGCCCGGUCAGAGCAAUUCUCACAGAUCUCUCGCGAUAUGAUUGCCACUUUGCCUUCCACAUCCGAGUUUCCUCGAACAGACAAGGGAUCUAUGAUCCGUGCCCAGAUAUACUCUCAAUACAAUGAUCUCAUCAACGGCAUGUACACGGAAGUCCAAAGCGCAGCAGAUGGGGGAAUGACACUCGACCUUACCGGAACGCAGUCCUAUCUGAUGGAGCUCUGCAGCAAGGACCUUGGAAUUCACCUCACGGGCGUAGACGCCAAUUUCUUCUUAGAGGGAGUGGACAGUUUGAAAGCGAUACACCUUCGACGCUUGAUCCUUCGCCAUUUCAAUAUUGCGUCGGCUAAAAGUCUGGGACAGAAUGUGGUUUUCGAGGCUGGCAGCGUAUCAGGGUUGGCAACGUACAUUUGCGCUCUGCAGAUUGGUGGAAGUGUCACUUCUAAGAAAACCACGACAGUGAUGGCUGAACUUAUCAGCAAAUACUCAGCAUUUCGAAAGCAUUUGCCACGCCGAGCGAUCACUUCAAGUGGAAAGAGCGUGGUAGGUUUCUAUAUAUACAUGCUCCUAUUGACCUGCACUAACAUCUCCAAGGUUUUGACGGGAGCCACAGGUUCUAUUGGUGCACACACGCUAUUCGAACUUCUCAAGGAUGAUUCUGUAUCGACAAUUUUCUGUCUCACUCGGCGUUCAUUGCCGCAAGAAGCUGUCUUGCAGGCUUUAGCGGAGAAGAAUCUGGAUGCUUUGCCUGAACAGAAAGAGAAGAUUAUCUCGUUGACUUGCUCCCUUGACGAGCCAAAUCUUGGGCUUCAUGAGCACAUCAUGAGCCGCAUGCAAGAUUCUGUGUCUCAGAUCAUCCACACAGCAUGGCCGGUAAACUUCAAUCUUCCCCUUACCCAGUUCGAGCCACAUAUCCGCGGGAUCUACAACCUGAUCCAAUUUUCUCUGUCUGUUCGGCGACCCGAACCGGCCGUUAUGAUAUUCUGCUCAUCAAUCUCCACAGCUCUUGGAUCCUCCUGCGCUGAAGUCCAAGAGGCCCCAACGCAAGAUCUUGGAAGCGCCCUUCAUAUGGGCUACGGACAGUCCAAACUCGUAGGAGAGAAGAUCACCAGCAUUGCACGGCAAUCCGGAGCGAGAGCCUUUUCUCUCCGAAUUGGCCAAGUAUCCGGUCAUUCGAAGAAAGGCCUGUGGAACGACGCCGAAGCACUCCCACUCAUGAUUCGAUCGGCGUUGACGGUCCAGGCCCUCCCAGCCUUAGAGCAGACCUGCUCAUGGCUCCCAGUGGAUACACUGGCCUUGACGAUUGUUGAGCUGGCAAAUGCUUGCGCCGCUCCGACUUGCGACUAUGGGACAAAUAUGGCGUCGAAUUCGGCGACCGUUGCGUACGUUGAUGACUCCAUCUAUAACGUGUCCAACCCGCGCGAAUUUUCCUGGGCAUCAUUACUCUCAUCGCUGAGAUGCGCUGGAUUUCGGUUCGACACGGUGUCCUUUGAGGAAUGGCUGGCGAUGCUUCGCGAGAGCGAGACAAGAGGAGAGGAGAACGUCAACCCUGCUGUCAAGUUGAUCGGUCACUAUGCGGCUAUGCAUGGGGAGAGGCGAUCACAACGGCUGUGCCCUAAGAGAUUUAUCACUGAGAAAGCCGAGCGGGACAGUGUUACUUUACGAAAUGGUCGGUUAAAGAUUAUUGAGGACGGGAUUUUAAAUUGUUAUGCCCGAGAUUGGCUGGAGCGGUGGGUUGUUUGA